GGAAGUCCCAGCGCGAUGAGGCGAGGCAGGAAAGCGUCGAUUCCGGCGAGCGCCGCAGCGCCCGCCUCACGGCGCAGAGCCGCCUCCGCGAACGAGCCGGAAGCGCCCGUCGACGCCGCUUCGCUCGAGUCGGACGCCAAUUCGCAGGGCGACCCGAUUCAGCUCCCCGAGAGCAGGACCCCUCCCGGCAAGGCAGAGCAACCGCCGCAAGCCUCCGCUCUGCAGCCCGGACCCCAAGAGCAGCUUCUGCAACAGACGGACACCAUGCUCGGCAUAUUCCGAUCCAUCCCCACCGAGAUGGACUACAAAGGCCAAAAACUAGCAGAGCAGAUUUUUCAGGGAAUCAUUAUUUUCUCUGCUGUGAUUGGCUUUAUGUAUGGAUACAUCACUGAACAGUUUGGUUGGACAGUUUACAUAGUAAUGGGUGGAUUUGCUGUAUCAUGCCUGCUCACACUACCUCCAUGGCCCAUGUAUCGUCGCAACCCUCUGAAGUGGCUGCCUGUCCAGGAAUCGGCAACAGAUGAUAAGAAGUCGGCAGACAGAAAAGUAAAAAGGCACUCUAAAAAUUGAAAACCUAUGUAUCUUGUACCAUUUCCCGACAUUAAAUUUGCUUUCAAAUUGAUUACA